GUUCUCCACCUGCAGCUAUCCCGGCUUCAGUCAUGCUACUCAGUGUUCAUGGAUCCGUGCUUCAACUCUGGUUCAUCACAUCCAGACCACCCGAAACGUAUAAGUAGGCCCGUCACUGGCGCUGUCGAGGAUUUCAGUUCGUCCAUCAUGCACAGCAGGCCCAGUGAGAUUAUUGAUUACCCAUUGCAGGUGUCGUGUUAUAUAUAAAUACUUUUCGCCAUGGACGAACCGACCUACGAUCCGAGCCGCCCCCUUGCGAGUACCACCCUCGUCUACCAGUAUAAAUUGGUCAACUGCCCUGGGAAGACUACUGUGGGUCUGCUUGUCGAAUACCCACCAGACGGUGCUAGUCCUCCUCAUCGUCAUGGAGGAGCCUCUGUUUCUGCUUAUGUGAUUAAAGGUUCCAUGCUGAACAAAAUGAAUAACGACCCGAUGAAAGUGAUCGACCAGGGAGGAUCUUGGCAUGAAGCCCCAGGGUGCCAUCAUCGCAUUAGUGCCAACCCCAGCAAGACCGAGCCAGCGGUAUUUUUUGCGAACUUUGUGCUUGACACUGAGACGCUCGAGCGGGAGGGACCAGCCGUUCUGGUGCAGUAUGAUGAGGAGUACAAGGAUAUUGUGGCACAGAAGAUGAAAGCUUGAAGUCGGGAGGCCGGUUGGGUACGUCGCGGACGGAUGGGCAAUAUGGUGUCUAAAAGCUUCAAUUAGGCAGUAUAUCUAUCGCCUGUAUGUCUG